AUGGCCCCUGCGACGGCGAGCUCGCAGCUGGCGGGGCUGCAGCAGUGGGCGAAGCGCGUGCUGCUGGCGGAACUCGUCGCGCCCGGUGACGAGGUACGCCGCCGGGACUCCCCUCGGAGGGGACGGGUGCACCAUGGCUGGGCGAUGGCCGGGCGAUGGCUGGGCGAUGGGUGGGCGAUGGGUGGGGAAAGCGGCUCACAGAGUAGCAUGCCCCCUGGCAGCGAGCGGUGUGCGAGAUGUUCUGUGGCCGCGGGGAGGACACGCCGCUGUGGGUCAAUGCGCGCAUCGACUCCUACCUGGGCGUCGGUGAGUGCCUCGUGGGCGUCAAGUAAUCCUCCACUCGCUCCGUGUGAGCCCCUCCUCUUUAUCUCCCCUCCGACCUGCCUUUACUUCGCUUUUCCUGGCGCACCACUCCCCCUUCGUUCCAACCCACUUCCUCCUCCUUCCCCCCUCCGUCCCCCCAUUCGCUCUGCCCUCGCUCCCAUGGCACGGGUGGGAGGGGGGCGGGGCAGACGUGACGCCAUCAUCGCUGGAGGAGGCGGCGGAGGAGUGGCGCGCGCACGGCGCCCCGCGCAGCUCUCGCUGCCCGCGGUGGGGCGCCUCACGCCCUUCAACGUUGUCUGCUGCAGCCCUCGCGUGCAGGUGCAUGUUUCAACCCUCAUGCCACUUGCUAUGCUGUUUGUAUUCUCUUUUCACUGCCAGCUUUCCCUGUUCUGA